AUGGAGAUUCAUGCGGCAAUUUUUGGGAUUGGGAAUGCACAGUCUCCUGGAUUAGAUGGUUCUACCGCGGAAUUUUUUAAAACUUACUGGGAUCUUCUUGGGAUACAUGUGUUCCAAGCUGUUAAUCGUUUCCUUACAUCGGGUUUUAUCCUACGCGAAUGGAACCAAUCUCUUUUGGGUUUAUUGCCAAAAGGUCCAAACCCUGAGGAUGUUACUCAAUUUCGGCCGAUUAGCCUAUGCAAUACAAUUUACAAAUGCGCUUCCAAAUGUUUGGUUAACCGGCUGCGGCCGUUGCUCCAAGAUCUUAUCAGUGAAUACCAAAGUGCUUUCAUACCGGGUCGUCAUAUGGAGGACAACAUCUUGGUCAGUCAUGAACUAACCCAUGUUAUCAAUAAACACAUGCGUGGCAACGUCCAUCUUGCUGCCCUAAAACUUGACAUGAAUAAGGCAUAUGAUCGUGUUAACUGGGUGUUUCUCUUAAAAGUUCUCAAGGCCUAUGGAUUUCCUGGCCAUUGGUUACGAUUAAUUCAUCAAUGUAUUUCCACCGUCACAUAUCACAUUCUCGUGAAUGGGCAAGUGUCUAAGGCUUUCACUCCCCAAUGUGGUCUACGGCAGGGUGAUCCCAUUUCCCCUUAUCUGUUUUUUGUUCUGUAUGGAUAUCUUGUCUCGCAUGUUAACACUUGCUACAGAUAUUCGACUCUUCGACGGGUUUCGCGCACACAGCGGAUUACCACCUGGAACCGCUCACCCAUAUCUCAAGCUGGAAAGUUGAUACUUAUCAAUUCUGUUCUUAUUGCUUCAAUCGCUCACAUUCUCUCGGUCUUUCUGCUGCUGACAACCAUUGCCAACAAGGUGGAAGCCAUGGUUGCUAGAUUAUUCUGGACUAAUCACUCUGGUAAAGGAAUUGCAUGGAGACGAAAGGAAAUUUUGCAUAUGCCCAAAGGUGCUGGUGAUCUCGGGUUACGUAGUGUUUCGUUUCAUAAUCGUUCAUUAUUGAUAAAGAAGGUUUGGCGUAUUCAUAGGAAUUCCAACCUCCUCAUCAGCAAGGUUUUUGCUUCCCAUCCCCUACAAAGUGCACCAACACUCUCCACACUCAAUUCUUUAAGAGGUCAAAGCUCUUGGGGUGCUUGGGGUCUGUGCCAAGCGGAAAAGAUUCUUAUCGAUAAAUGGGUCAAUGGAAAGGUUCCGAUCUUCCGCAAUCAGAUCACACUCCGUACGGCGGCUACUGUAACUAUCGGGUCUCUCCUGUUACCUCAUCAACAAGGAUGGAAUGUUCCACGACUAUAUUCUCUUUUCACUCCUGCGACGGCUCGUGCUAUCCGGGGUUUAGAGAUGCCGCAGAUAACUGAUCCUUCCGACAUUCCUUUUUGGCCUUUCACAAAUUCUAUUGCUAAUCUUUCGUCUAGGGGUAUGUCCGGUUCGGAUGACUGUCCAUGUUGUGCUACGGAACCUGAGACUUGCCAACAUCUCUUCAGAAUGUGCCCCCUUGCUACUGUUGCUUGGCGGACUAGCCACUUGGGGCAUCGUCUACCACAUUUUGUUGCCACACUAUGGGCUAUCUGGCAGUGUCGAAAUAAUUUGGUUUUCAACAAUGUCACACCAGAUAGUGAAGUUCUACGCUCUCUUAUGUCCCAAGUUAUGCAGCAACAUGUCACCUUUAUUGCAAGGCCCUCCACCAGCAAGCGGGAUUUCGCAGAAGGUCCGGGUCCACCAGGGUUCCUCAUGGCACAUUUUGGGUCUUCUUUUUGCGGGGUUCCCCAGCUACAUAUACAAGUGGAUGGGUCGUGGGCAGAGACCUCACCUUUGGCAGGUAUUGCCUGGGUGGCCGGCAGCGUCAAUCCUAACAACAGGCAAGGGGAGGGUAGUUGCAUUCAUGCCAGUUCUGCGCUGCUCGCUGAAGCUAUGGUCUCAGGGCCUUGGUUUGGGCACAUGGCCAAGGCUAUACUCAGAUCGCAGUCAAUACGGAUUCUGCGAUUGUGGUACAGAGCUUACUUAACCCGAUGA